GGCCUAACGCAGAGAGUGGCUUCACAAGUGUAAUCAGAUUAGUCUGAUCUUGUCUUGGUGCCGUCAAAGACAAUGAAAACGCUCUCAGGCCGCGGUGCUUUAUGUGAAAGCUUACACUGUACACCAGGCAUGGAGGAAUAGGAAUCCUACAUAGAUGUUUUGUUCCGGCCCUGAAAGGACUGCUGCUCCUUACGCUGUACUGUGACAUCAUGGCCCAUGGCUGGAUCUCAGUACGUGUGGUGGUGUGGUCAAUUAUGUGUUCAUUCACAGCAAAUGUCAGAUCAUCACCAUGUGCUGAGGUCCACGCUCCAUCUGCAGUGGUACCGAUUGGCUCCCCAGUCACAGCUUCCUGUUACAUCAAAGAAGACUGUCCACUAACAAAAGGCCAAGAUUUUCAUGUGGAGUGGCCUUACCAAGCUAAUUUAAACUAUAGUGAUGUAGCUAAUCAGAAUGAAAGCAUUAAAGAAAUCAUCAUACACAAGUUCACAGACAGGAUAGCGAUGCUGCAUUGUGCCAUCUGCAGACAUGAAGACUGCAAUGUCGUAGCUGGUGUGGAAAUCAAGGCAGCAAGUCCUCCUCCAGCCCCGCAGAACCUGACUUGCCUGUUAAAUUUAACUGCACCAUGCUCACUGUUGUGCACAUGGAACCCUGGUCAAGAAACAUCAAGCAUUCCUACAAACUAUACUCUCCACACAGAAUUUGGAACACAGAGGUUUGACUACGUUCUGGCACCUAGGAAGCAUUUCUACAGGGUCCCACGCAAUGGCUUUGCCUUGUUUUAUACGGUGCAUGUUCAUGUAGAAGCAGUGAAUGCCCUGGGCCGAGCCACCUCUGAGCACUGGGAGAUGGACCCUAUGGAAACAGUUAAGUUGGAUGCUCCAGAAAUUCAGAAUGUUUGGACAGGGAAGUACGGAUGCCUACGACACAUGUGGAGUCUCUCAGAACCACAGAGGUGGAUUGUGAAGCGUAUGUUUAUGGAGAUCAGACUUACAACUAUGGAUGGCAAGGUUUCGGACAGAAAGCAGGUUACGUUUAGUAAAAAUGGUAAAUCUGGCAAACCAGUUGACGUGUGUGAUCUGCUUCAUGGAAUGAACUACCAGUCUGAGAUGAGGGUGAGGUAUCUCAGCAGCCCAUGGAGUGAGUGGAGUCAUCCCACUGUGGCUACUACCCUCAUUAAAGCUCCCGCUGGCCAUCUGGUCACAUGGUUGAAGCUGCUGGGGCAGUCCGCAAACAGGCGUCACCGAGCUGAACUGUUUUGGAAGCCAUCUUUGCAGUUCCGUGCCAACAGCAUGAAUGUGUCUUACAUCGUCUCACUCGUGAGACCACUCAGCCAGAGGAAUACUGUGUGUAACACAUCCCAGCAACACUGCUCUUUCCAGAUCCCUGUAGAUGUCAGAAAGAUCCACCUGACAGCUGUGAACACAGCAGGAAAAUCCAACCCCACUGAGGUGGCAGUGUACAAACGUACAGAACGGGGCCCUGUGCCUUAUCUGAGAGUUUAUCCAGAAUCUGAAGAGUCUGUGCUGACAGAAUGGUCAAGCCCAGUGGCCUCAGCUGUUAGCUUUUACAUAUUAGAGUGGAAAGCACUGCAUGAGGCUAGUACCAUCUCCUUUGAAAUUGUGGACAAAAAUCAAUCCAGCUUGGUAGUAGCAGGUCUGGAGCCUUACCAGCCAUAUAAUAUUUCAAUAUAUCCAAAGUAUAACAAUGGCAUUGGCCAGCCCUGUACAGUUAUGGCAUACACAAGACAGAAAGCCCCCUCUAAAUCUCCAGAGCCACAGUUUGGAGAGAUCAGACCUUCAUAUGUCGAGCUUUACUGGGACGAAAUCCCACUGCAGCAGAGGAAUGGAAUCAUUACUAGCUAUCGGGUUUUCUACUGGGAUGACAAGAACAGUGUAGGAGUUAUAGACCUUGAGGGGACGGAGCAACGUGUGAUUCUGAAGGAUCUUCAACCUUCUUCCAUUUACAACAUCAUCCUCAUGACUAGCACAACUGGUGGGAGCAUCAAUGGGACAACUGUCACUGUGAAGACUCCUUCUAUUGAUGCCUUUGAAAUAGUUCUGAUUGUUAUCCCAGCCUGUGUUGGGCUGACACUUCUGUUCCUUGGAGUGUUUACCUGUUUCAGCAAUAAUCGGUGCUUGAAGAAGUGCUUGUGGCCAAUGAUUCCUGACCCGGCUAACAGCAGUAUUAAAAAGUGGACAAUGGCCAACUCACAGCAGGACAUCCCCUCAUUUAAAGAGGUCAAGGACCCUGUCCUGGUAUAUCUCUCUCACUUCAGUCUUCUGAGCUUGUCUGAGAAAGAGCUGUGGAAGGGAAGUCCCUCAACAUCUGAGUACCUCCACUGUGGCAAAUGGUCAUACGAUGGUAAAAGUGUUAAUGACGACCACUCUGACUCUUCCCGUGAUUCAGGAAUCUAUAACUCAGGGUCUCAGAGUGAGUCUGUGCCUUACGCCACCGUUGUGUUUGCCAAUUCAUAUCGCACCCAGCCCGCAGCACCACCAGCCUACCUGCGCUCUGAAUCCACACAACCCCUCCUGAGCGAAGAGGAACCUUGCAGUCCUCGCCCAUACGAGAAAAUGUCAACUCAAGCAGAACUCUCUGAAGCAGACCAUUUUUCCACAUUUCAGGAGGAUUUAGGGAACAAAGAAGAAAGGGUUUCACUUUGGGAAGAUUUCCCUAUGCUCAAAUCUUUGGAAGUCAAGAGCAUUAAUGAUCAGGCCUGAAUUCACAAGGGCUGCAUUCACAUUGUACUGGCAUAAUAGAAUGCAUAGCUGUGACUCUAGCUGUGUGCUGGUUUUGGAAUUAGCAGUGGACCAUUUUGCAAUAUAUAAAGACUUUAUUGGGAAAUGUAGUAUACACAUAUGAAUGUUCCUAAAUGAAUGCAACGAGUUUAUCAGCAGCAAUCUGUGACUAACAGCCCCAUAUUGUACUGUUCAAAAGUCAGAAAUAACCUUUCAUUCAUUUAAUUUUCAGUCAAAACAGGAAGGUAUUCAUUUUUCAGGACAAGGGGAAAAAAUCAUAAAACCAAUAUAAAAAAUGAUUAAAAUGAAAAAGUCUCAACAACUAAAUAUAGUACGAUUUUUAUUAUUUAAUGUUUCUACACUUUGUCUUUA